GCUCUCAACUCUCAGUAGCUGAAGCCAGAAGCACUCUGCUGCCAGAGUCCUGAAGUCUCAGCAAGUUUCUGGGCUCCGGACACAUAGUGCUCUCUGUCCUGGGGCUUGUCGGUCCCAGCUAGGGGGCUCUAGUCUUCUGAACCUCAGAACUGCUCAGGCUGCGACCCUUGCGGCUGUGUCUUUGCUUGCUUGCACAGGCGGGCUGCUUGCCGGCCCAGAGUCCGGCAGCGGCGGGUUGGGGUUGGGGUCGCCGACCCCUGAGUCUGGCUUGAGGAUGGCGGAAGCAGGGCCCCCUCCAGUAGGGCCCCCUCCUGUUCCCGCUCCUGCCUCGCCUUGGAUGGCGUUCAGGCAAUUGCCCAGGGCUGUUGCUCAGACGCCCAGUAUUAGGAAUCGCUUGCUGAACCGGGAUGGCUGCAGUUUCCUGCCGUUCACGCAGGCAGUCCCGGUGCAGGUGGACAUGGCCAUGGCACUGCAUCGUAUUAGGAUUGAAGAGAAGUACGGGAAGAACUACCUCUGCUUGCUGCAGGCAGUCUUCGUGGCAGAAACUGAGUUCCUCUUCCAGUUAAAGGACAUCAAUCACUUCCUAAUGCAAGACAUUGCCUUCCUGUCUGGUGGCCGGGGAAAGGACAAUACUUGGAUCAUUACAUUUCCAGAAAACUGUAACUUCAGGUGCAUUCCAGAGGAUGUAAUUGCAAAAGUGCUCAAUUACUUGACAUCCAUUGCAAGACAAAGUGGAUCUGACUCCCGAUUUACUAUUAUUUUGGAUCGAAGACUGGAUACAUGGUCUUCCCUCAAAAUUUCCCUCCAGAAAAUCUCAGCCUCUUUCCCUGGAAACUUACACUUAGUCCUGGUUUUACGUCCUACCAGUUUUCUUCAACGGACUUUCACGGACAUUGGAUUUCGAUUUAGCCAGGAGGAUUUUAUGCUGAAGUUACCAGUUGUUAUGCUGAGCUCAGUUAGUGAUUUGCUGACAUACAUUGAUGACAAGCAAUUAUCCCCUGAGUUAGGCGGCACCUUGCAGUACUGCCACAGUGAAUGGAUCAUCUUCAGAAAUGCUAUAGAAAAGUUUGCUGUUACAGUGAAAGAAAUGGCUCAGAUGUUGCAAUCCUUUGGAACAGAACUGGCUGAAACAGAGCUACCAGAUGAUAUUCCUUCAAUAGAAGAGAUUCUGGCAGUUCGUGCUGAAAGGUAUCAUGUGUUGAAGAAUGACUUAACAGCUGUAACCAAAGAAGGAAAAGUUCUGCUCAUGAACCUGCAAGUGCCUAACACUGAAGAAACCGUCAGUUCAAGUCUUGAAUGUCCUCAGCAUAUAAGUGGUGACUGGCAAACUAUUAAUAAGUUGCUGGCUCAAGUGCAUGAUAUGGAAACUGCUUUUGAUGGAUUUUGGGAAAAACACCAGCUAAAAAUGGAGCAGUAUCUGCAACUGUGGAAGUUUGAGCAAGACUUUCAAGAGGUUGUGACACAAAUUGAAUUUUUAUUAAAUCAACAAAGAGAACUGGAGGAUGCAGCAGGGAACUUAGCUCAAGUAAAACAAAGACUUAAAAAAAUUGAGAACUUGGAUGAAAAAUCUCAGGAGUUGUUAGCCAAGGCCCGGCUUGUGAUACUACAUGGCCACAAGCUUGCAUCGAAUCACCACUAUGCACUUGAUUUAAUCUGCCAGAGAUGCAAUGAGCUACGCUACCUUUCUGAUAUUUUGGUUAAUGAGAUCAGAACAAAGCGGAUACAGCUGAGCAGGAUUUUCAAAAUGCACAAACUCCUACAGCAGGCACGUCAGUGCUGUGAUCAAGGAGAAUGCCUCCUGGCUAAUCAGGGAAUGACUAAGUUUCAGACUAAAGAAGAUGCUCAGAAAGCCAUUCAGGAUGUGGAAAAUUUCCUUCAAAUGGCUGUGCCCUUUAUCAAUUAUGAUAUUGAAAACCUGCAAUAUGAAUUUGAUGUGCUCCUAUCUCCUGAACUCAAGGCUCAAAUGCAGACUGUACAAAUCAAGCUUGAAAACAUUCGAAGCAUAUUUGAGAACCAACAGGCUGGUUCCAAGAACCCCAAAGGUAGGCCUGAGAGGCCAGUCCAGUUUGUGAUACCUGUACCUGAAAGUUUGAUGAGAUCCAGAGCAAUGUUUUUUUCACCUAAACAUGUGGGAGUUGGAUAUUCUUUCUUUCAAGCAUGUAAACUUUUUUCAAAAGUGAAGAAGUCUUGGAGACAGAUUCAGCCUCAGAGCAACGUGGAAAUUGAAGUCGUUCAGGAUACCCAACAGAAGAGGAAUUCUGAUCAGUCUCCCAGAUUGGAAAAUAGCUUGGAUAUUUUAAAGAAUCAUGUCCUGAAUGAGCUGAUACAGACAGAAAGGGCAUAUGUUCGAGAGCUGUUUACUGUUUUGUUGGGCUACAGAUCUGAGAUGGACAAUCCACAGAUGUUUGAUCUCAUGCCACCUCUCCUGAGAAAUAAAAAGGAUGUUCUCUUUGGAAAUAUGGCAGAAAUAUAUGAAUUCCAUAACAACAUUUUCAUGAGCAGCCUGGAAGAUUGCUUUAAUGCUCCAGAAAAAGUUGGACCUUGCUUCCUAGAAAGGAAGGAUGAUUUUCAGAUGUAUACCAAGUACUGUCAGAAUAAACCCAGGUCAGAGUUAAUUUGGAGGAAGUAUUCGGAAUGUGCCUUUUUCCAGGAAUGUCAAAAAAAAUUAAAACAUCGGCUUGGUCUGGAUUCUUAUUUGCUCAAACCAGUACAACGAAUCACUAAGUAUCAGUUGCUUUUAAAGGAGCUCCUAAAGUGCAGCAAAGAAGGUGAAGGAACUACUCAGUUAAAGGAGGCACUUGACACAAUGCUGGACUUACUGAAGUCACUGAAUGACUCCAUGCAUCAGAUUGCAAUCAAUGGCUAUCUUGGAAAUCUGAAUGAGCUGGGCAAGAUGAUUCUGCAAGGUGCCUUCAGUGUUUGGCUAGGACACCGGAAAGGUGCUACAAAAAUGAAGGAUUUUGCAAGAUUCAAACCCAUGCAGAGACACAUUUUCUUGUAUGAAAAAGCUGUUAUGUUUUGUAAGACGCGCGUUGAAUCUGGAGAAGGUGCUGGUAGAUACCCAUCAUACAGUUUUAAGCACUGCCUAAAAAUGGAAGAAGCUGGAAUUACAGAACAUGUGAAAGGUGAUAACCGCAAGUUUGAAAUAUGGUAUGGUGAGAAGGAAGAAAUAUACAUUGUUCAGGCUCCAAAUAUUGAUGUGAAGAUCUUAUGGUUAAAAGAAAUAAGAAACAUUUUGUUAAAGCAGCAGGAACUUUUGGCUGCUAAAAAACAGCAGGAUCAGCCAAGAGAAUGGGAUCAACUUUCUCCUCAGCAGCAGAAAGCUGAAAAGCAAGAGGAAGCUCCUGUAAAUGCUGUGGAAGUAGAAGCAGAGGCAGGAGCAGAUGUGGAACAAGCCAGUGGUGUGGUGGCGGUCAGAGAGGCAGUUGUGCCAGUUCAGACAGAAGCAAAUUCCUCAGCUUGGACUCAGAUGCCACCAUCUGCAGAAGGUCCUGGAGCAUCUGAAGAGCAUUCAGAUAACUAUUACUUCCCUAUGUACAAUGACGAUGGAGAAGAUGGGCCACAAAUGAGAGUCGUGUCGGAGAUGAGUUUCCUGUAGCUCUUGCCUGCCUGCUUCUCAGCCCAUGUGAAAAAAACACCACUCAGAAGAUUUUCAGCCCAAAUGAUGGGGAUUUUUUUUUUUCAGGUUAAUAUAUUGAAACAUGCAAAGAACCAACAGCAUAUACUUCUUUCUUUUCUUUCACUUAAAAGCAUUUUACUUGUAGUACUCUUUAUUCCUAAAAUUGUGUAGUAAGUGUGUAAGACAUUGUGCUGGAUCAAGUCUCAUCUCGGAAUACUUUUGACUUGAAAAUUGUUUCUUCUCUGUCUACUUUGUAACCAAAUGCAAUCAGCGUGCCUUCAAUUAUUUAGCUUAUUAUUAAUUAAGUUGAACUUAGGGCUCUAGAGUAGUUAAGGCCAAGUGAAGCACAACAUUAUGAUUUAAUAUGCUUUUUAGACCUAGCUCUUCUUUUAGUCUGCGCAAGACAAUGCAGGGUUCAAGAAGUACUGGGGGGCAGGGGGGGGGCAUUAGUAAAUUCUCUUCAGGGCUAUUGCCUUUUCUAUGUGCCAAGAUGAACUUUUCCUGAUAGUAGUUUACAAAGAAUUGCAUUUAAAAUGUAAUAUUUUCAUGCUUGUUUCUUUUUCUGAAUUUAUGCUUAAAAUUCAUGUAUCAAAUUAGUUGUGCUAAUUAUCUUCUGUACAUUUC